CUGGAUUGAUGUUAUUUCAAAAAUGGUCUACAUCUGCUUGGGAUAGUAUAUACUCUUUAUUCAUCAUGAUAGUAUAUGUAUUCUGACCUUAGUUUCCAGUCCUUUUCAUUCAAAAAAACCUGCGGUGCCUACUUGGCAUGUUGCCCCAAUAAUUUUUAGGCUAUCUCAAUAAUGGAAAAUAUAAGAUUUAGAAAAUUAGAGAAGCAAAGGGAAAUUCUACGUAGCAAACAAAGGCAGAAAUAUGCUCACCAAGUUUUGUCACUUCAAAAACGCACAGAAUGUGCUGGAAUCAAUAGUUAUAAAGUUACUGACUGGGGAGAAAACAAAUUUAUAGAUCAAUCGUCUUUAAAUGACCAAACAAAAAAUAAGACUGAUGUGAAUUACUAUGCAUACGACGGUCCGCAAUCCUAUGGUACAACAAAUCCUGACGAUUUUCCUACAAAUGAAAUUCAAGUUAUUCGUGUACUCACGAGACCAACUCCCACGGGACACCUAAGGUUUGAUCAAGCAGUCAAAGAUAAACCAAACUCCAAAUCAGUACAAGAUGAUGUAGUGGAUUUUGGAGACUACAAAAGUACUGAUGGUUCGAACAAUUUUACAGUUACACGGUCAAGUACCAUGUUAUCUUCUCUUGACCAAGAUGGUUUUCUGGAUUCUGCUGAGAACAAUGAUGAUGAUGAUGACGAACGAAAUGAAAACGAGGAGUCUCAGUCUAGUUUUAUAAUUCAGAAACAAGCAGCAAACAUAUCGGACAAUACCAAUGGUCAUUAUUACAUAAAUAGCUAUAACAGCGGUAUACAUUCCAUCCAGUGUAGAGGCGAAAAUUCAAAUACCGGUAAUAAAGCGGAUAGUGUUGAGAAGAGUUUGGAUCUGAAUCGUAGUCAUGAGAAUUCUCCUAUAAACCGAAAAUUCCAUGCUCCACAAGCUGUUCUCGUGAAUCGGUCGGAUAUAUCUUCACUUAGUGGUUCUUUGAAAAGUAUGCAAUGUACUAGCAAUUUCAGUAAAGAGAACAAGUCAGAAGUAGAACAUAUUUUAACUACUCUCGAGAAUUCUUUGGAUUUAUCGGAAAAUAGCUGCCAAAAAUUAAUUUCAUCACAGGUAUUGGAUCUCAAUAUAGAUUACUCUGAAAAACCUAAUGUUAGGAAAUCUUGCAACCGUUCAUCAACCAAGACUGACGCUGCUCAAGAAUGUGAAGAUUUUAGAUACAGUGAGGCUCCUCAGUCCUUACUUUUAGAUCCAACUGAAAACUUGGAAGAAUUUAUCAUGAAACCUGCCCCUCAAGGUGUGACGGUGCGCUGCCGUAUUACACGGGACAAACAAGGUGUCGAUCGUGGAAUUUUUCCAUCAUAUUACCUUCAUCUAGAAAAAGGAGAUCGUAAGUUCUUCUUACUUGCAGCCAGGCGUCGCAAACGAUCAACAACAAGCAACUAUGUAAUCUCUUGUGAUGCCACCAAUUUAUCUCGUGAUGGAAUUAGUUUUGCUGGCAAACUUCGGUCUAACUUUCUUGGUACUCAUUUCAUUGUUUAUGGCUGUGAACUGAAAUCAAGAGACAAUGAAUCCUUGAAUUCAGGGAGCAAGGUUGAUGAUUGUGGUAGAAUAACGACGGCUACUAAAACACAAGAUUUGCAGGAGCUUGCUGCAAUCAUUUACGAUACAAAUGUACUGGGUUUCAAAGGACCGAGAAAAAUGACUAUUAUUUUGCCGCGCUUAAAUGCUAAUUUUCACCACUUCUCCUAUCCUAGAAAUGAUACCGCCUGUCUAAUCGAUUCAUGGAAGAGAAAAGAUAUGCAAAACGUUCUGCAACUACAAAACAAGAAUCCUGUUUGGAACGAAGAAACCCAAUCAUACGUCCUCAAUUUCCAUGGUCGUGUCACUCAAGCUUCGGUGAAGAACUUCCAAAUCGUACACGAAAGUGAUGAUGAAUACAUACUUAUGCAAUUCGGGCGUAUUGCUAAGGACGUUUUUACGAUGGACUAUAUGUAUCCUAUGUGUGCCCUACAGGCAUUUGGAAUCGCUUUAUCCUCAUUCGAUAGUAAACUGGCAUGCGAAUAAUGUCGAUUCUAUUAAUCACGAAUUCUGACUUUAAACAAGUUUAUAUAAACUAUUAAAAACAGUGUACUCAUCUUUAUCAAGCCAUACACUUUUCCACCACAUAGAUACCAAACUCUUACCUCACGUCAGUAAUCCUAACUUAUUUUUUGUUGUCACUAGGAUGUCCUAUCCACGUUACCUGUAACAAUUCAUUCCACAUCCAUUUGCUCUCUGUACGAUAUAGGUCUGAGCACAAAAAUUCUUUUGCCAAAAUAUGUAUAUA